AUGUCAUUCAUGCCGAGACGAAUGGUUGUCCGUGGCGAGCACGACCAAGACAUCCGGCCUUGCGAUCCACUGCUCAUCUUUCGUAGGAAGUGGAGGGAGGAUUCCCGCUCGAUCGGAACUUGUCUGCACAUCGACACUGUGCCACCAAUCAUGGAGGUCCAAGAGUGUGGCGGAUACGACGUCACGAACCGUACCGUACGUCCGGCGUACCUCCUAGGAGGUGGACGUGGAGGUGGACGUGGAGCGAGACUUUUCUUAGAAAUCUCGCCAUCGCAGACGGCGACCGAUCACAUUCAAAGUUUCGCUGUUCCGGCGUCGAAGGUCGGACAACAUCCUACACAGCUGCAAGCUGCAAUGGGCGAGCAGGCAUCGCGCGCCGAGUCUCGCGUGGAUUCCACGUCAUUGCGCCCGGCCGAGCGCGCCGAAAACAAGAAAGAUACAGCACGGGCGACAUGUAUAACCAGCUUUGCUAGGGACGAAAAACAUGCCAACCUGGACAGUGGACUGCUCUAA